GUCUGUCGGGGAAAUACAAGUCAAGCUGGCUGACUAAAACUAGCUAGCGUAGCAGCUAGUAAGAUAAUAUUUAACCGACCUGACAACAGUACUCAUUUUUUUUAAGUAAAUAUGUAACAUGUUAUAAACUUGGUUAAAACAUAUCCCGAAAGCGCUGAACUAAGAGGACUGUCUGCUCUGGCCGCCUGUGGGAAGUGAGGAUGGAAAACUCUGGCUAUGUUGAGAGCUUUCCUGACAUGCACACGGCCACUAGCAGUGAUGAGGAUCUAGUGGAAAUUGCUGGGGUCACUCUGGAUUUCUCCAGUACUGAAGAUGUACCUCCUUUAGACCGGGACUUUGGAUCAGGUGCAGGUGGAGCUGGGAAUGGACUUAAUGGGGUUCCUAAGCUGAUGGAUCUUCUAGAUGAGCCAGUGCCUGGAGUGGGCACUUACGAAGACUUCAACACUAUAGAUUGGGUGCGGGAGAAAUCCAAAGACCGGGAUCGUCACAGAGAGAUUGCCAGUCAGAGCAAAGAGUCUACAUGGGCUUUAAUGAAGAGCAUCAAUGACGCAUUCUCUGGUUGGCUUCUCAUGUUAUUUGUUGGACUGAUGUCAGGUGCUCUGGCUGGUGGGAUCGACAUCUCCGCUCACUGGAUGACCGACCUCAAGGAAGGAGUAUGUCUCAUUGGAUUCUGGUUCAACCAUGAACACUGCUGCUGGAACUCCAACGAGACCACAUUCCAGGAGAGAGACAAGUGUCCGCAGUGGAAGAGCUGGGCCGAGCUCAUGAUUGGCAUCAACGAAGGGCCCUUUGCCUACAUCAUUAACUAUUUGAUGUAUGUGUGCUGGGCUCUGCUCUUCUCCUUCCUUGCAGUGUCUCUGGUUAGAGCCUUUGCCCCUUAUGCCUGUGGCUCUGGUAUCCCUGAGAUUAAGACCAUUCUCAGCGGAUUCAUUAUUCGCGGUUACUUGGGCAAGUGGACCCUGAUGAUUAAAACAAUCACUCUGGUGCUGGCUGUGUCCUCUGGUCUGAGUCUGGGCAAAGAGGGACCACUGGUCCAUGUGGCCUGUUGCUGUGGAAACAUACUGUGCCAUCUUUUUACCAAGUACCGAAUGAAUGAGGCCAAAAGACGAGAGGUGCUGUCUGCUGCUGCUGCAGUCGGCGUUUCAGUGGCGUUUGGUGCUCCUAUCGGAGGAGUUUUAUUCAGUCUAGAGGAGGUGAGUUAUUACUUCCCCUUAAAGACACUGUGGCGUUCUUUCUUCGCCGCUCUUGUGGCAGCCUUCACGCUGCGCUCCAUCAAUCCAUUCGGAAACAGCCGGCUGGUGCUCUUCUAUGUGGAGUUUCACUCCCCCUGGCACCUUGUGGAGCUGGUGCCCUUUGUGCUUCUGGGCAUCUUUGGUGGCAUCUGGGGCGCUUUCUUUAUUCGGGCAAACAUCGCUUGGUGUCGGCGACGCAAAACGACACGCCUGGGCCACUACCCAGUCUUGGAGGUGUUGGUUGUUACGGCACUCACAGCCGUGUUGGCUUUUCCCAACAGCUACACGCGCAUGAGCACUAGUGAGCUCAUUUCAGAGCUGUUCAAUGACUGUGGCUUGCUCGACUCCUCUCAACUGUGCAAUUACGCUAAUGUAACCGACAUUAAGAGCAGCAGCAACACCCUGCCUGACCGACCUGCUGGCCACGACGUCUUCACAGCCAUGUGGCAACUGGCACUGGCGCUCGUCUUCAAGAUGCUCAUCACCGUGGUUACCUUUGGCAUGAAGGUUCCCUCGGGUCUCUUCAUCCCCAGCAUGGCUGUGGGGGCGAUUGCAGGAAGGCUGCUGGGUGUGGGCAUGGAGCAGCUGGCAUAUUACAACCAUGACUGGGUUAUCUUUAAGGGCUGGUGCUCACCUGGGGCAGACUGCAUCACACCAGGCCUUUAUGCAAUGGUGGGAGCUGCUGCUUGUUUGGGUGGUGUAACUCGGAUGACGGUUUCCCUGGUAGUCAUUAUGUUUGAGCUGACUGGAGGUUUGGAGUACAUUGUGCCCCUAAUGGCUGCCACCAUGACCAGUAAAUGGGUGGCAGACGCACUGGGCCGCGAGGGCAUCUAUGAGGCCCACAUCCGUCUGAACGGCUACCCUUUCCUAGAGCCCAAAGAGGAGUUCAGCCACAAAACACUGGCUAUGGAUGUUAUGCGGCCUCGUCGUAGUGACCCCCCACUCUCAGUCAUUACACAGGAUGGCAUGAGCGUAGAGGAGGUUGAGAGUCUCAUCGCUGAUACAUCUUACAGCGGCUUUCCAGUGGUGGUCUCACAUGAGUCUCAGAGGCUGGUGGGCUUUGUGCUGCGCCGGGAUCUAAUCAUUUCCAUAGAAAAUGCUCGGCAACGCCAGGAGGGUGUGGUGAGCACAUCACCGAUUUUCUUCACGGAGUAUACGCCACCCCAACCCCCUAACUCCCCCCCUCCCCUGAAACUACGUGGCAUCCUGGACCUCAGUCCCUUCACGGUUACUGAUCACACAGCCAUGGACAUUGUGGUGGACAUCUUCCGCAAACUUGGGCUGCGCCAGUGUCUCGUCACCCAUAAUGGACGCUUACUGGGAAUCAUCACCAAAAAGGACAUUUUAAAGCACAUGGCUCAGAUAGCCAACCGUGACCCAGACUCCAUCCUCUUUAACUGAAAGCUGGCUUUUGUAAUAUCAACCUCCUCUCCGAAUGUGUCCUCUCCAAAAAAAAAAAUAUCAAAAAACACCUGUCUGAUUUGCACUACAGACGUCAGUGCUAUGUUGGGAGUGCACUCACACUGUGACGGCCGUUUUCAGGUCCAAGGUGGACACCUCAUGCACUACAGCUUAAUCGUUAAACUUGGCCAGAUUAUGACUCCAAGUCCUGGUUUCAAAGUUGCAAGUAGCUAAUUUGUCAUAACAUACCAUGACUAUCAGUUCCUCCUGAAGAAAACGAAUGACGGGUUAGCUGAGUGGAUAUGCAUGCACAAUCCCAAUCAUACACGUUUCUUAAAUAGCUAAAGUAUAUUUAAAUUAGUACAAAAUGAGGAUAAUUGUGUUGUGAGCUAAAUCUGUGAUUGUGUUCAUCCUUUUUUUGAAUACAGCUCACGGAUGUGUGGUUGGAGACACAUUACAAGCAAUUAAUUCAUUUUAUCUUACUGAUUCGCAAUAUUUCUGUCAUUAGUUUUGCCAUAACUUUAAUGAAUGAGCUAAAAACCCAGCAUCAGGUGACUGCAAGUGGACAUCUGUAUUUGUUUGGGUCUGCAUAAAUGUUCAUGUUUUUUUACAUAACUGUGACUUUGACCUCUUGAGCAGGUAGCUAAUUGUUUAUGAAGGUUAAAGAGAAAAAGGUUUACAGCAUUGUGAAAUAUGGGGAUAAGGUGAUUUUAAGGGCGUUUUCCUUCCCCCUUUACAGGUGAGUCCCAUGGGGGUUUGCACAUUUACACGUUCAAAAUCUUCUGAUCUUAACCCCUUAUGAGUCUGCAGGGCAGCUGGGCAUUCCACUUAGACUUCAUUGGCUGUUUUGUGGCAUCAUAUGGAUUUAUAACUGGGUUUGACUGUUCUGCUCGGUUGCUUGACCACUGUUGUCCUUCCAUUAAUAUAUAUAUAUAUAUAUAUAUAUAUAUAUAUAUAUAUAUAUAUAUAUAUAUAUAUAUAUAUAUAUAUAUAUAUAUAAAAAAUUUCUUUACUGGAAAUCUCUUUAACGAUUGCUUUAAUAGUUGAUUGCGAUAUUUGUCAUGUUAAUCAGCACAGCCCAGUGGUCAUGCACCAAUCAUAUACUCUGUCAUUUUUGUUAUAUUUUCUUCUUCAGGUGUGUUUAGACAGCAUAUGAUCAAUUGUAGCAGUGGUCUCUCCACUUGUUAAAAAAUUUGUAUUACACUAUAUUCCUCAGGAUAUGAUGUAUGCAUGGUUGAAAACUUUACCCAUAUUUUAACCACAUCCUUAAUCUCUGUGUUUAAGAUAAGACUAUUUUAAAAUAUCUACAUCUUAUCCAAAGCAUUAGUUACAUGAAGUGAAGGUUGGAGGUGUCUGAGUGUUUUUCUGACUGUUCUAAAUGGCUGCCUGUUGCCACUGCUCUCAGUCAGGUGCAUAAGCCAAUGCUCUUAUUGUUUACGUCCUCCAAAGACGCUUUAAGCUGUUCAUAAAUCCAUCAAGGGCUAGGGUUAAUGCCAGUAUUUAUAUACACAAAACCUGAUUUCCAGAUCAGGUUUUCGUUUUAACACACUUGAGAGCUCCGAAAGCAAAUUGUGUUGGAUCUGCCCCUUUAAUCGCAGCUGUCCUCAUGUAGCGUGGUCUGACAUCAACUCAUCUGUUUUCAACUUACUGUGGACCGCACUACAGAUCUGCAUACAUCACAAGGCCACUUUUUUUGCCAAGCACUCCAUUUGAAAAGAGCAUUUUGGUACUUAUCUUGUCUUAAGAAUAUAUUGUCUUUAAUCAGUUGUUUGUACUUGUUUAAUUCUGAUUUGUAUGUCUAUUAUGAAGGUUUAUGUAGUCCUCUAAAAUAUGAAUGUAUCAUUAUCACAGUAAUUUAUUCAUUAACACUUAUAAGCCAAGUUC